AUGGCGGAGAACAACGGUGGCGCCAACCAGAAGCGCUUCAGCGGGGACGGCAACGAUGAUGCUGCAGCCUACAAAAUAUGGAAGCGGUGGGCGAAGGCGGCGAUCGUGGUGCAGAAGGUCGCGCUGGCGGUAGAGAACGUGGACUUGGCAGAGAUCAACGCCAAGUCAGGUGAGGAGCUGGUGUUCGAGCGUCUUGAUGAGAGAUUCCCUGACAAAGUUGCCGCAGACCGCCUCGGGGAGGCUAUGGAGGAGGGCUUCAGUCUCAAGAUCCAGAAGCAGGAGACGACGGAGGCCUACACGGGCCGUGCUCAGCUGGUGUACGCCCGGCUGGCCAAGGAGGGCGUGGACCCACCGCCAGUGGCGCGAGGGUACCUGAUACUGCGAGGUGCUCGACUGGGAAGUUUUGGCAGAGCCAGGAUUAUGUCGGCGACGCACAGGAGCUGGCACGUGGAUGAAGUCUGUACGGCGCUGAGGACGGCGUUCCCGGGAGUGCCAACGGAGACACUCGCGCAGGCCACGUAUGCGGCGGAAGAGGAGCACGGCGAGACCGAUUUCCCGCAGAUGCUGGAGCCCUACAAGGACGAGGGUGCGGAGGACGACGUCACCCGGGAGAUUGACGCGAUCGUCCAGGCGGCGGAACCGAUCGAUGAGUCAGAUGCUGUGGAGAUCCUGGCGACGUGGAAGCAGACGCGAGUGGCCAUGAACAGGGAGAAGCUGGAUCGAGGUUUGAAGUGCUUCAGGUGCAAGAAGAUAGGUGACUUCAAUAAAGAUUGCAAAGAGCCGAUGCCGGCUCACAGCUCGCAGAUGGUAUUCGCGGAGUGUGUGAAGUCCGACGGCGAAAGGGUUCAGGCAGUCCAAGAUUUGCAGGCGUCCAACGAGCGGGAGAUGAUGAUGGCGGCCGAGCAGGACAUCGAUGAGGAGAUCAACAGCAUCCUGAAGGUCCACGAGGACAACGUCCUGGCGACGCUCAUCCAGGACGAGGACGGGAUCACGGAGAAGAAGACGACGACGGAAGGUACGGUCCUCGGGGUUACUCACUCGGACGGGUGCUCUGUGCCGGACACGGGCUGCUGCAAGUCCCUGAUAGGCGCGGAGACGCUGAUGAAGCAUGAGGCGGCGACGGGUCAGAAAGCUCGAUGGCUGAAGGAUGCGAAGCAGAUGCGGUUCCGAGGCUUCGACAACAGCGUGCAGGAGUCCAUCGGCGCAGUCGAGCUCGACUGGACGGUCAAGGGGUACACGGUGACGUUCGUGGUGCAUGUGGUCCAAGGGCCGGCUGGCUUCCUGAUGAGUGAGCCCGACCUGAAGGCGUUGGGUGCGAAGAUCGACCUCGAGACGGACACGAUGUAUCCGAAGAAGCUCGACCUGACGAUCCCUCUGAACGAGACAGCGGCAGGGCACUACGAGAUCGAUCUCAUGAACAAAGAGAAGAGGUCCCACAGGCAGGCAGGAUUCCAGAGAGGCAAGAGGUCUCGACAAGACGACGUCAACCAGGCCGACGACUACAACGCGAUGUGGAAACAUAUUGUCGAGGACGAGCCCUACUGGGUGCACAUGUGUCCCCUGUGUCGCAAGCUUUCGGUAUUGCAGCAGUGCACACCUAUGGAGCGACGCGUGGACAGGGCACAGCACUUGUCGGAUGUGAGGUGGACGGUGAGUCUACUGCAUGUAGUCGUCGAGGUGGCGAUCUACCAGCUGGAGCGGGGCAGACAUUUUCUGUAUGAGACCCCACCAAGGUGUGCGAGCCUGCAGGUGCUGGUGAUGAAGCAGCUGCUGCAGCUGCCAGGGGUGUAUGUGGGUGUUGCGAGUGGCUGUGCGUUCGGACUACGCUGCCCAGACACGCUCAAGCUGAUGCCAAAGAGCUGGAAGUUCGUGACGUCGGCGCCGGAGGUGGCGUGGGCGGUACAGAGGAGGUGCAGUGGAGGACACGAGCACCACCACACCGAGGGCAUGCUGAAGUGCGGGAUCAAGCAGUCGGUGUGCAGCCAGCGUUACCCCAGGAGGCUGGUGGAGGCGAUCAAGGCAGCGUACGAGUUUUACUGUCCAGAGUGCGAGGGGAUGAAGUGUCCGAAGGUGGCGAUGCCCAGCACUCCUGCAGAAACCAAUCUCCCACUCAAAUAUGCGAACAUGGACUGCAAGGAUAUGCCCGGAUGGAUCUCCGGGGAACGGAUCACGUGCCUUGGGAUCGUCGACGAGGCGAGCUCGCUGCACCAGGUGGAGCCGAUGAUCGGCAUGGCGGAGACCUCGAAGAACCUGACAGACACGUUCAGGCAAGCGUGGGUCCGACCCUACAUGAGACCGAAGAGGCUGAAGGUGGACCCGCAUCGGGCACAGGUGAGCGACGAGUUUACCAACUGGUGCGAACGCCAAGGGAUUGAGGCGGCGGACGCGGCAGGAGGCGCGAAGGAGCAGAAUGGCAAGAUCGAGCACCACAAUCAACUGUUCGAUCCGCGAGCUCAGCAGGCGCGGAUCAGGACCAUCGCUCGCAUGAAGCUGCUCAUGCAGCAGGACAAGCUGACGACGAGGCGAGCGUUGGAUUCUCGCCCAAGAGUCGUGGUCAAGUACCAGCCAAGUGACAUGGUGGCGGUGUGGCGCAUGAUGCGGAACAAGGGUAUCCCAGGCAAGCGGGCGCAUCACCGUUGGCGGCCAGGUAUAUACAUGGGCGAGGUGCGUGGCAAGUACUGGGUGCUGGUGGACCUGGAGCACUACAGCGGCCAGAGGUCCGAGGACAUCACUGGCGGUGAACGACUGCCAGAGACGGAGGUGGAAGCGGAGCCGGGCGGAGACCAGAGCGAGACAAACAGGCAGCAUAUCGGCGGCAUCAUGUACCCUCCGAGCUUGCCGAGCCCACCGCUCAUCGACUCCGCGGACGCCCACCUGGCAGAGGACACGGAUGAGAACAUCGUCGUGGGGGAGGUGGACGUUCUGCUGACGCAGGGGAGCAAGGAGAUCAAUCUCAAGGACGAGAGGUGGAAGUCAGUGAAGGGCAAGAGGAUGAUCGAGAAGGCCUGCGAGAAGGAGAUGGGAAGCCUGAUGCACGAGACCAAGGUCUGGCGACCGAUGGAUCUGGAGACGUCGAGGGUGCUGGAGACCCAAGUGCCAGAGCGCAUUUUGCGCCCGAGGCCGGUGCUGACGCGGCGAGCUGGUGACGACGGCGAGGACGAGGUCUAG